GUUUGACGUCCAAAUUUUCGCUGUCAAAAUCACUGUACAAUAUGGAAGAAUUACUCGGCCACAUAUCGAAAAUAAUAUCGAACCACAUAGCCAUCCAUUUGUAUUCCUAUCCCCAUUUUUCCGUGGAAAUUCUCCUAGCGGUAGCGCUAUGCGUCUCCCAGCUGUUGCUCAUCUUCGAGCUCAACGACAUUUUCAAAAGAACCAACACCCGAGCCAUCGAGAACCUGAGAAUCCAGCACCCCCAAGCGCUGAAACAGAUCACCGCCAACGGAUCCCUCAACUCGCUAUCCCGGAUUGAAACGCAAGUGUUCCCCCAAAAAAUCGAAACCACCACCACUCGUCAAUCCUAUUACGCGCCGUUCAGCAGGCGAGCCGCCAGGAAGGCGAGCACCAGGUCGAACGUGGGCUGGCUCGUGCCCAAGAGGCGCUCGUCGAUGUUGAACAACCCGCAUUUGGACAGGGUGGAGCACCUGCUGGCGAUGACGCCGAGCGACUACGUCAGGCAGGACAGGGAGCGCAAGGAGCGCGAAGCCGGCCUCAAGUCCUGCAUACACUCGUUGACGUCGCUGCUGGAGCGCGCGCUGUCGGCCGAGUCCGGCCUGGAGAGCGAGUCGAAGGAGGCCAUCAGGAGGAGCCUGAUGAGCCUGAGGUCGAAUUUCGACGGGCGGCUGUUCCACAAUCAUUUGUGGAUUUCCAGUUCGGAUUGCGGCGAUGGGAAAACGGUUAAGCGAUCUCGCGAUGGUGAUGAUGGGGCCUCCGAUUUCGACGAGUUCUACGUCGAUAGAAGCUUCGAAGUAAUUCGGGAUGAUAGAAGGAAACGUAAUUGAACGUUGUUUGUUUCGGUGAGCAAAAUUGUCCCAUGUUAUGUCCUUUGAAAUAGUCCUGUUUCGACUAACUUUUGGUUUUAAUAGAAAUUUCCAACCAAUGAAUUUUUUAAUGAAUCGCGCUGUAUAUUUUAUUAUCGAAGAUCUUGUCACAACCUGUCAGUAAUUAAUUUAUAUUCUAUUCAUUCAUUGAGUGAAUAAGGUCAUCAACUAUUUAGAAUGGUUUUUAAUCGGAACUGGAAUCAAGAGACUGGUUUGGCAUUUGUAAAAAUGCAAAAUGCAGAUUCUAAUCAGAUUUAUAAUACACAUUAAUUU